GAUGUCUCCGACGUUUGGUUUGGUGAAGGAUAUUACGCCUAAGGAUACACAUUGGGCACUUCGUCUGCGUUUGCUUCGUGUGUACGAAAACAUAAGUGACACUGGUGACGUUAGAGGAUUGGAAUGUGUAUUCCACGAUAAGGAGGGUGCUAGAAUUCAUGCUACGAUAAGGCUGUCGCAAUUGGCUAAAUAUAGACAACUUCUUACGGAGCGAUGUUUGUAUGAUGUCCAUCAUUUCAUUGUUGCAAUUGAUGAAAAGAAGUGUAGGACAACAGAUAAUAAGUUUAAGAUGAUAUUUUAUGAAAAGACAGAGGUUAUCUAUUACGAGGAUGAUGCAUUUCCUAACCAUGUGUAUAAGUUCAAGAGAUUUGAAUCAUUGUUGAAUGCGAGAAUAAUAGAUGAGAGUGAG